GUGAUUGCCGCAAGAAAACUCCGGCUCCGGUAUCCCGAAAAAGAGGGGAUUGAUCGAUAUAGAACGUGCGACGAGAGUGCAAAGAAUUGAUUUUCCUUACCAGCGAGCCAGCGUGAUUGUAUGUGUGUGUCGGUACGCUAGUGGUGCAUCGGCGGUGCAGUUACCCUCGUUAGCCGGCUGCAAACGGUGGCAUUCGGCACAUUAGAACCCUCCCCUUCAUCUCCCUCCACACACACACGCACACAGCCACUGCAGCUGCAAUCAUCAAACUGCACUUCAUUGUGCAUGAAAUAUAGGGCAUCACCAGGGCAGGGGGGGUAGCAUUUCCACCAAAUAUCCUCUACACGACAGCUGCAAACGGGGGGCGAACGUAUCUCACCCGGCAAACGAAUCUGAACUUUCCCGAGCCCGAAACGUCCUAACUAAAAGCGGCAAACUGACCGGAAGCAGGGUUGGAAACAUGCUGCUCACGUUCCAAGACCGGCUGCGUAUACCGUGGCGCGGUGGCGCAAAGCAGAUUACGCUCGACAAUGUGGUGACGCUGGCGAUACUGAUCGGAACGCUGCUGCUGACCGCGGUACACUUCUAUCUUUGCCUUGUCAUCAUGCUUCUACUUCCCCUGGUAUUGCUGUACCUAAAACGGCUCUUCGGAACGAUCCAUCCCAAGACAAAGUUUUUCACAAUUUGGUUUUUCGGUAGCUGCGUGUAUCUGGUCGCACUGUUCGAGCUGGCCGUUCCGUUGUUGGAAAUUUUGCCCCAAGAAAACGUUGGCUUCGUCGUGCUGAUGACGCUCGCUUUUCUCUGUUUGCUAAAGGCGAAGCAGCGGGCCGUGCUGAACCAUCUCUCUGCCCUGCCGGCGGACAUGAACGGUGUAGAAAGCGGCAAGGGAAGCAAGGAACAGAUUGUGCUGUUCUCCGACCGCGACGAUUCGGACGAUGGGGCGACCGAUUCGGACAGUGGACGGUUGGCGUGCCAGCUGUGCCGGAAGUACGUGCCACCGAGAACGUACCACUGCAAGGUUUGCUCGAGCUGUGUGCUGCGGCAGGAUCAUCACAACGUGUGGCUGAACUGCUGCAUCGGCAAAUCGAACCAUCGGCUGUAUCUGGCGGGCUGCCUCUUUACGCUGCUGGCGUUGCUGGUGUUUGCCAAUCUGGCGCUGACGGCGGUGUGCCAUCCGACGCCAAUCUUUACGCUGUACGGGAUCAUCGUGAUGAUGCCGGACGACUGUACCGAUAUCUUUUUCCAGUAUGACAUUGCACUGUGCUUUACGGGUUCGGUGUACGCGCUAAUAAUGGCAUCGUUUAUUGCUAUCGCUAUAGUGAAACAGAUCUGCUUCAUCUCAUUCGGCCUCUCGUUCAGCGAAUGGCGUCGCAGGGAGCACGUGAAGCGACGGAAUUGUCUGUGGAAUUGGAAAGCGUUCUGUUUUGGCCAGUAAAACUUAACCAGAGGUGCAAAGCACAGUCUACCAGACUUGGGCGCAGUGUGUCUGACUGCAAAACUUCCGUUUGAGUUUGUUUUAUAUCAUAUCCUCUCCCGCGCACAUUCGUGUGUGUGUGUGUGAACUAUUUUUAGCCAAAGGAAACCAAACUUGGUCGUAAGUUGUUCUUAUCGAUAGUAUUUCGGUAGUAGAGAGAGAUAGAGAGAGAGUUGCGGUAGAAAGGGGAUAGAACUCCCAAUUCCAUAAGGAUUUGUUUCCCGUUUGUUUUGUUUUCGGUUUGCACACAUCCAGUGUACUUGUGGGUGUUGUAGGGUGGAGUUAAUCUCACGUUAUUUAAUUAAUGUAAGCAUAUUUGCUACCGAUAACCACUCACCAUUAUUGCCACUGCUCCCACAAGUGAUUAGAAGGCGGUAUGUCAAGAGCCGCCGAAAGAGGUGUUUCGUUAGAAAAGCCAUUUUAUUACCAAUUUAUGAGGCCACAACACGCGCGGAGAAGUAGAGAAGCUUCUAUCCGCACAUUCUUUUCCCCCUCUUCUUGUUGCAAGUUCGAACCUAGCCGUAGAACCAGUAGUAGGAACUAGUGAUGGGUAAAGUUGACAAAAAUCCGGAGCCGACUCCGGACUGUAGGUCCGCCCAGCAUUACCCAGGGCCGGUUGGAAUCAUCCCGGAACCUCUCGGAGUCGUCCGGAGUUAUCCGGAGUCAUCCAGCGUCGUCUGGAGUCAUUCGAAGUUGGUCGAAUAUGGUCGGUGCAAUGUUUCUAUAGUCAGGCAUUUUAUAUCCGACUCCGACUCUUCCUAUCUUCGGUCUCAAAUCGCUAUUCUUAGACAGAAAGACUUGGUUAAGAAGUACACACGCAAAGCGAAAGAGGAAAAAAACCCGAAAUCAAAUGCCUCUGGCGGACUCCGGGUAACUCCGUACGACUCCGAGCGACUCUAUGGUAACUCCGGACGACUCCGGACAACUGUGGGCGACUUCGGACGACUCCAGACAACUCCGCACGACUCCAGACAACUCCGCACGACUCCAGACCACUCCGCAAGACUCCAGCUCCAGGCGGAACCAGUGGUUCCGAUUUUGCCGGUGUCGGAAUCGCACUUACAAUAGCCGGAGUCGGAUCGGAGUUCGAGUGUGCGCUCCAGAGAUCACACCACUAGUAGGAAACCUAAAAUGCUUAGAUUCCAUCCGUGGAAAAGGCGUGCUUGCACACAAUUUCGAUCGGGGCGUGAUUUACUAACAUGAAAUGUUACAAUGAUGAUAAGUAGGAUAAGAAACGCACAAUAAACUUUGAAAUUCUUUAACUUACCUUUCAAA